UUGUGUUGUUGUUGUGUUGUGCAAAUCGUCUUCUCCAACAGCUUUCCGUUCAAAUCCCUCAGAAUUUAGAAUAAAGUGCGGAAAAUGUUGUUUCCAGAGGACUUCUCGAACCCACCCUCGGGGGCCAACUUUGAACGGUUGAAGGUGGAGUACGUGUACCGAUCGGAGAAGUUCCACUUUCAGAGUCGCGACUUCUCCAAGCAGUUCUCCUUCAUCUACUCUUCGCGGUUGGAUGAAAUGGUGCCGCUGAUAUCGGGCCGCGUGGUCGAGAAGUGGGGCAAAGAAAUGCCGAUUAAACGGCUGGCGGAUCUGCGGGAAGAAUGUCCACAGAAGUGUGUUAUUAUUGGGACUCUAUUCAAGCAUCAGGAACUGAAACCGAGCAUACUAAGAGAAAUUUCGGAGGAAAAUCAGUUGGCACCGCAGCCACCUCGGUCCCAUUAUACCGAUGAGAAGGAUAUUCUUAUACUAGAGGAUGCGCUGCAGCGAAUUCGAUUGGUUGGAAACAUCGACGUGCAUUCCGUAGUUACGGGAGUCGUCUGCGCAUUGCUGGGAUACCAAGAAUCAGAUGGACGCUUCUUUGUCGAGGAUUACCUAUUCUAUGAGGGAGGACCACAGAAACCUCUUAAAUCGUUGGAAAAUUCUCCUUUGCUAGUGCUUAUAUCGGGCUUGAAUCAGACUGCAGCCAAUGACUGUUCCCUUUCGCUCGAGCUACUACAACAAUGGCUUUUUGGCAAUUUGGAAGGUGUUGGUCAGAGCCAGGACUGGGAGGCGGCUAGCGUGGCGCGAAUUGUGAUUGCCGGGAACUCGGUCAAGGCAACGCUGAAACACAAAAAUCAUUUACAUACAAAGUCUACAAACGAGGCGACAGAGCUGGUGGCAGCAGUCAAAGCUGUGGACACUUUAGUGCACAACCUAGCUCAAUCUGUUCCGGUCGAUUUGAUGCCGGGUGAGUUCGAUCCUGCCAAUCACAUGAUUCCGCAACAACCGAUGCACCAGUGCCUGUUUCCGCAGUCAGCUGAGUUUGCCAGCUUCCAUGGUGUCCCGAACCCAUAUGCAUUCGAGUUGGCUGGUAGACAGAUUGUCGGAACGUCCGGGCAAAAUGUGCUGGACGUAAUGCGGUUCUCCAAGAUUGAAAAUCCACUGGAAGCGCUAAAGGCAACCCUGCGUUGGAGUCAUCUAUUUCCUACGGCGCCGGAUACAUUACCCUGUUAUCCGUACUAUCAGAAGGAUCCGUUCAUUCUGAGCGAGUGUCCGCAUGUUUAUUUUGCUGGAAACUGUGGAGAUUUUAUGACGGAACAGUGGGCCAGUGCGAACGGACAAACCACACGCUUGAUUUGUGUCCCAUCAUUUUCCGAACAACAAACCAUUGCGGUUGUCAAUCUUCGUACGAUGGAAUGCAAGAAGGUGAGCUUCGCCGUAGAGAGCUUUGGCGAUGGUGAGGAAUGAGGACAUUACAUCUCGAUCAUAAUAUAAAAGGCCCAGUCCAC